AUAAGAAGUAAAAGAAGAACAAGAAGAAGAAGAAGAAGAAAAUGGCUAUGAAAAUUCUCAGCGUUUUCUUCUUUGGUCUCCUCCUCCUGGCCUCUCCUUUGCUCCAAGUUGCUCGGUGUCAAUCAGAAGCAGAGACAGAUGUUGGAGAAGCUGUUGAAGGAGGUGAUCUUGGGAUUGUUGGUGAGGAUGUUCAGGAUUUUGGUGAUUCCAAUUUUGGUCCAGCUCCAGGAAUUGAAACUGUUUGUGUUUUCCCCAAAAACAGCGCCAAAGUGGUUCUGGCUGGAGAAGAGACUGAGCUUCUCGUGGGGAUGGAAAAUGUUGGCGAGUCACCUGUGAACGUCAUUGCUAUCAAAGCCAGUGUUCAUUUCCCUUUUGACCAUCGUAUGUUUGUUCAAAAUCUUACAGUGCAGGCCUUCAACAAUGCAACUGUGCCCCCUUCAGUUCAAGCUACUUUCCCUUACAUAUUUGCUGUUAGCAAGUACUUACAGGCUGGAACUUUUGAUCUUGUGGGUACGAUUAUCUAUGACAUCGAUCAGCAACCAUUCCAAAGUACAUUCUAUAACGGUACCAUUGAAGUUGCUGAGGCCGGUGGUUUCGUCAGCGUCGAGUCCGUUUUUCUUGUUACCCUUGGGAUUGCACUUCUUGUUCUCCUUGGUUUGUGGCUUCAUGGUCAAUUUCAGCGUAUCACCAAGAAAACAAAGAGGGCUCCAAAGGUGGAAGUGGGGACUAGGAGUACCGAUGUCUCGAUGGACGAAUGGCUUCAGGGAACUGCUUAUACUCAGUCGGCAUCUAAAUCAAAGAAGAAGUAGACGACGAAAUGCUUGCAAAAUCAGGCUAUUGUAACACUCGCGGUGGCAUUUCGAAAUUGUAAGUGAGGGAGGCGCGGGUUCUUUCGAGAAUUAGGCCAGGAAAAUAGACACAUAUCUUUGUUGUUCUAGCAUGCGAGUCUUUUACACAUCGGCUUUUAGACGCAAAUCUAACUCUGAUACGGGGCAGAAGGACAAAUUUGGCUGAUUUUUCUUUUCUUGGCUUCUUUAUUCAUCGGGUUUUGGAUUUUUUGUUUACUAAAUGUAGGGAAUGAACUUAGUCUGAUCA